CGCCCCCCACCCCCUACCCCGCCUCCUCCCAAUUGUGCAUUUUUGCAGCCGGAGGCGGCUCGGAGAUGGGGCUGUGAGCUUCGCUCGGGGAGGGGGAAAGAGGGGCGAAGAGAAAAGCUGGGGGUGAAGGGUUUGGAUUUGGGAGCAGGGGGCGGGCGCACCCCCGUCACAGGCCCUCCCCAAGGGGCUCUGAACUCUACCUCUUCACCCACGCCCCUGAUGCUCUUUGCUUAAGGAUAGGAUAAGAAUAGAGGAGGAGGAGGGGAGAAGGAGGAAAAAGGGGGACCCCCCAAUUGGGGGGGCGGCGGCAAGAAGUAGCAGGACCAGAGGGGAGGGGGCUGCUGCUUGCAUCAGCCCACACCAUGCUGACCCCGCCGCUGCUGCUGUUGCUGCCCCUGCUCUCAGCUUUCGUCGCGGCCGCUAUCGAUGCCCCUAAGACUUGUAGCCCCAAGCAGUUUGCCUGCAGAGACCAGAUCACCUGUAUCUCAAAGGGCUGGCGGUGUGAUGGUGAGAGGGACUGCCCAGACGGAUCUGAUGAGGCCCCUGAGAUUUGUCCACAGAGUAAGGCCCAGCGAUGUCAGCCAAACGAGCACAAUUGCCUGGGCACCGAGCUGUGUGUUCUCAUGUCCCGCCUGUGCAACGGGGUCCAGGACUGCGCGGAUGGUUCAGACGAGGGGCCCCACUGCCGAGAGCUCCAAGGACCCUGUUCUCAACUGGGCUGCCAGCACCACUGUGUCCCCACACUCAACGGGCCCACCUGCUACUGCAACAACAGCUUUCAGCUGCAGGCAGAUGGCAAGACCUGCAAAGACUUUGACGAGUGCUCAGUGUAUGGCACUUGCAGCCAGCUCUGCACCAACACGGACGGCUCCUUCACGUGUGGCUGUGUGGAAGGGUACCUGCUGCAGCCAGACAACCGCUCCUGCAAGGCCAAGAACGAGCCAGUAGACCGGCCCCCUGUGCUGCUGAUUGCCAACUCCCAGAACAUCCUGGCCACGUACCUGAGUGGGGCCCAGGUGUCUACCAUCACGCCCACUAGUACACGGCAGACCACAGCCAUGGACUUCAGCUAUGCCAACGAGACUGUGUGUUGGGUGCAUGUUGGGGACAGCGCUGCCCAGACACAGCUCAAGUGUGCCCGCAUGCCUGGCCUGAAGGGCUUCGUGGAUGAGCAUACCAUCAACAUCUCCCUCAGCCUGCACCACGUGGAACAGAUGGCCAUCGACUGGCUGACGGGCAACUUCUACUUUGUGGAUGAUAUCGAUGAUAGGAUCUUUGUCUGCAACCGAAACGGGGACACAUGUGUCACUUUGCUGGACCUGGAGCUCUACAACCCCAAGGGCAUUGCAUUGGACCCUGCCAUGGGGAAGGUGUUCUUCACGGACUAUGGGCAGAUCCCAAAGGUGGAGCGCUGUGACAUGGAUGGGCAGAACCGCACCAAGCUGGUCGAUAGCAAGAUCGUGUUUCCUCACGGCAUCACGCUGGACCUGGUCAGCCGCCUCGUCUACUGGGCUGACGCCUACCUGGACUACAUUGAGGUGGUGGACUACGAGGGCAAGGGCCGGCAGACCAUCAUCCAGGGCAUUCUGAUUGAGCAUCUGUAUGGCCUGACCGUGUUCGAGAAUUAUCUCUAUGCCACCAACUCGGACAACGCCAAUGCCCAGCAGAAGACGAGCGUGAUCCGAGUGAAUCGAUUCAACAGCACUGACUACCAGGUCGUCACCCGUGUGGACAAGGGUGGUGCCCUCCAUAUCUACCACCAGCGACGUCAGCCCCGAGUGAGGAGCCACGCCUGUGAGAAUGACCAGUUCGGGAAGCCAGGCGGCUGCUCAGACAUCUGCCUGCUGGCCAACAGCCACAAGGCGCGGACCUGCCGCUGCCGCUCCGGCUUCAGCCUGGGCAGUGACGGGAAGUCAUGCAAGAAGCCAGAACACGAGCUGUUCCUUGUGUAUGGCAAGGGCCGGCCAGGCAUCAUCCGGGGCAUGGAUAUGGGGGCCAAGGUCCCAGACGAACACAUGAUCCCCAUUGAGAACCUCAUGAACCCCCGGGCCUUGGACUUCCAUGCUGAGACCGGCUUCAUCUACUUUGCCGACACCACCAGCUACCUCAUUGGCCGCCAGAAGAUCGAUGGCACUGAGCGGGAGACCAUCCUGAAGGACGGUAUCCACAAUGUGGAGGGCGUAGCCGUGGACUGGAUGGGGGACAAUUUGUACUGGACGGAUGAUGGGCCCAAGAAGACCAUCAGUGUGGCCAGGCUGGAGAAGGCUGCUCAGACCCGCAAGACUUUAAUCGAGGGCAAAAUGACACACCCCAGGGCCAUUGUGGUGGAUCCACUCAAUGGGUGGAUGUACUGGACAGACUGGGAGGAGGACCCCAAGGACAGUCGGCGAGGGCGGCUGGAGAGGGCCUGGAUGGAUGGCUCACACCGAGACAUCUUUGUCACCUCCAAGACGGUGCUUUGGCCCAACGGGCUGAGCCUGGACAUCCCAGCAGGGCGCCUCUACUGGGUGGAUGCCUUCUACGACCGCAUCGAGACCAUACUGCUCAACGGCACAGACCGGAAGAUUGUGUACGAGGGUCCUGAGCUGAACCACGCCUUUGGCCUGUGUCACCACGGCAACUACCUCUUCUGGACCGAGUACCGGAGUGGCAGUGUUUACCGCUUAGAACGGGGUGCAGGCAGUGCGCCCCCCACUGUGACCCUUCUGCGCAGCGAGCGGCCCCCCAUCUUUGAGAUCCGCAUGUAUGAUGCCCAGCAGCAGCAAGCGAACCCAUCCUACGUGCCCCCACCCCAGUGCCAGCCCGGCGAGUUCGCCUGCGCCAACAGCCGCUGCAUCCAGGAGCGCUGGAAAUGCGACGGGGACAACGACUGCCUGGACAACAGCGACGAGGCCCCGGCCCUCUGCCAUCAGCACACCUGCCCCUCAGACCGCUUCAAGUGUGAGAACAACCGGUGCAUCCCCAACCGCUGGCUCUGUGACGGGGACAACGACUGCGGGAACAGCGAAGAUGAGUCCAACGCCACUUGCUCAGCUCGCACCUGCCCACCCAACCAGUUCUCCUGUGCCAGUGGCCGCUGCAUCCCCAUCUCCUGGACGUGUGAUCUGGAUGAUGACUGUGGGGACCGCUCCGACGAGUCCGCCUCGUGUGCCUAUCCCACCUGCUUCCCCCUGACUCAGUUUACUUGCAACAAUGGCAGAUGCAUCAACAUCAACUGGCGAUGUGACAAUGACAAUGACUGUGGGGACAACAGUGAUGAGGCCGGCUGCAGCCACUCCUGCUCCAGCACUCAAUUCAAGUGUAACAGUGGGCGCUGCAUCCCCGAGCACUGGACCUGUGACGGGGACAAUGACUGUGGGGACUACAGCGACGAGACCCACGCCAACUGCACCAACCAGGCCACGAGGCCUCCUGGCGGCUGCCACAAUGAUGAGUUCCAGUGCCGGCUGGAUAGUCUGUGCAUCCCCCUACGGUGGCGCUGUGAUGGAGACACUGACUGCAUGGACUCCAGUGAUGAAAAGAGCUGUGAAGGAGUGACCCAUGUCUGUGACCCCAACGUCAAGUUUGGCUGCAAGGACUCUGCUCGAUGCAUCAGCAAAGCCUGGGUGUGUGAUGGCGACAGUGACUGUGAAGAUAACUCGGAUGAGGAGAACUGUGAGUCCCUGGCCUGCAGACCACCCUCACACCCCUGUGCCAACAACACCUCAGUCUGCCUGCCCCUCGACAAGCUGUGUGAUGGCAACGAUGACUGUGGAGAUGGCUCGGAUGAGGGAGAGCUCUGCGACCAGUGUUCUCUGAAUAACGGAGGCUGCAGCCACAACUGCUCAGUGGCACCAGGUGAAGGCAUCGUGUGCUCGUGCCCGCUGGGCAUGGAGCUGGGGCCCGACAACCAUACCUGCCAGAUCCAGAGCUACUGUGCCAAGCACCUCAAGUGCAGCCAGAAGUGCGACCAGAACAAGUUCAGCGUCAAGUGCUCCUGCUACGAGGGCUGGGUGCUGGAGCCGGACGGCGAGAGCUGCCGCAGCCUAGACCCCUUCAAGCCAUUCAUCAUCUUCUCCAACCGCCACGAGAUCCGGCGCAUCGACCUUCACAAAGGCGACUACAGCGUUCUGGUGCCCGGCCUGCGCAACACCAUCGCCCUGGACUUCCACCUCAGCCAGAGCGCCCUCUACUGGACCGAUGUGGUGGAGGACAAGAUCUACCGCGGGAAGCUGCUGGACAACGGAGCCCUGACUAGCUUCGAGGUGGUGAUUCAGUACGGCCUGGCCACCCCCGAGGGUCUGGCCGUGGACUGGAUUGCAGGCAACAUCUACUGGGUGGAGAGUAACCUGGACCAGAUUGAGGUGGCCAAGCUAGAUGGGACCCUUCGGACCACCCUCCUGGCUGGCGACAUUGAGCACCCAAGGGCAAUUGCACUGGAUCCACGGGAUGGGAUCCUGUUUUGGACAGACUGGGAUGCCAGCCUGCCCCGCAUCGAGGCCGCCUCCAUGAGUGGGGCUGGGCGCCGCACCAUCCACAGGGAGACGGGCUCAGGGGGCUGGCCCAAUGGGCUCACCGUGGACUACCUGGAGAAGCGCAUCCUCUGGAUCGAUGCCAGGUCAGAUGCCAUUUACUCAGCCCGUUACGACGGCUCCGGCCACAUGGAGGUGCUUCGGGGACACGAGUUCCUAUCGCACCCGUUUGCAGUGACGCUGUAUGGGGGGGAGGUGUAUUGGACGGACUGGAGGACAAACACACUGGCCAAGGCCAACAAGUGGACCGGCCACAAUGUCACCGUGGUACAGAGGACCAAUACCCAGCCCUUUGAUCUGCAGGUGUACCACCCCUCCCGGCAGCCCAUGGCUCCCAAUCCUUGUGAGGCCAACGGGGGCCGGGGCCCUUGCUCCCACCUGUGUCUCAUCAACUACAACCGGACUGUCUCUUGCGCCUGCCCCCACCUCAUGAAGCUCCACAAGGACAAUACCACCUGCUACGAGUUUAAGAAGUUCCUGCUAUACGCACGUCAGAUGGAGAUCCGGGGCGUGGACCUAGACGCCCCCUACUACAACUACAUCAUCUCCUUCACGGUGCCGGAUAUCGACAACGUCACGGUGCUGGACUAUGAUGCCCGCGAGCAGCGCGUCUACUGGUCCGAUGUGAGGACACAGGCCAUCAAACGGGCCUUCAUCAACGGCACGGGCGUGGAGACCGUCGUCUCUGCAGACUUGCCAAAUGCCCAUGGGCUGGCUGUGGACUGGGUGUCCCGAAACCUGUUCUGGACAAGCUACGACACUAACAAGAAGCAGAUCAAUGUGGCCCGGCUGGACGGCUCCUUCAAGAAUGCCGUGGUCCAGGGUCUGGAGCAGCCCCAUGGCCUGGUGGUCCACCCGUUGCAUGGGAAGCUCUACUGGACCGACGGGGACAACAUCAGCAUGGCCAACAUGGACGGCAGCAACCGUACCCUGCUCUUCAGUGGCCAGAAGGGCCCUGUGGGCCUGGCCAUCGACUUCCCUGAAAGCAAGCUCUACUGGAUCAGCUCUGGCAACCACACCAUCAGCCGCUGCAACCUGGACGGGAGUGGGCUGGAGGUCAUCGACGCCAUGCGGAGCCAGCUGGGCAAGGCCACCGCCCUGGCCAUCAUGGGGGACAAGCUGUGGUGGGCAGACCAGGUGUCGGAGAAGAUGGGCACGUGCAACAAGGCUGACGGCUCGGAGUCCGUGGUCCUGCGGAACAGCACCACCCUGGUGAUGCACAUGAAGGUCUACGACGAGAGCAUCCAGCUGGACCAUGAGGGCACCAACCCCUGCAGCGUCAACAAUGGUGACUGCUCCCAGCUCUGCCUGCCCACGUCCGAGUCGACCCGCUCCUGCAUGUGCACAGCCGGCUACAGCCUCCGGAGCGGCCAGCAGGCCUGCGAGGGUGUGGGUUCCUUUCUCCUGUACUCUGUGCACGAGGGAAUCCGGGGAAUCCCCCUGGAUCCCAAUGACAAGUCAGAUGCCCUGGUCCCAGUGUCGGGGACGUCUCUGGCUGUCGGCAUUGACUUCCACGCUGAAAAUGACACCAUUUACUGGGUGGACAUGGGCCUAAGCACCAUUAGCCGAGCUAAGCGAGACCAGACAUGGCGCGAGGAUGUGGUGACCAACGGCAUUGGCCGCGUGGAGGGUAUCGCCGUGGACUGGAUCGCAGGCAACAUCUACUGGACCGACCAGGGCUUUGAUGUCAUCGAGGUCGCCCGGCUCAAUGGCUCUUUCCGCUACGUGGUCAUCUCCCAGGGUUUGGAUAAGCCCCGGGCCAUCACUGUCCACCCAGAGAAGGGGUACCUGUUCUGGACUGAGUGGGGCCAGUACCCACGUAUUGAGCGGUCCCGACUGGAUGGUACUGAGCGCGUCGUGCUGGUUAAUGUCAGCAUCAGCUGGCCCAAUGGCAUCUCAGUGGACUAUCAGGAUGGGAAGCUAUACUGGUGCGACGCCCGGACAGACAAGAUUGAGCGGAUUGACCUGGAGACGGGCGAGAACCGUGAGGUGGUUCUGUCCAGCAACAACAUGGACAUGUUCUCCGUGUCUGUGUUUGAGGAUUUCAUCUACUGGAGUGACAGGACUCACGCCAACGGUUCCAUCAAACGUGGGAGUAAAGACAAUGCUACAGACUCUGUGCCCCUGAGGACGGGCAUCGGUGUCCAGCUCAAAGACAUCAAAGUCUUCAACCGGGACCGGCAGAAAGGCACCAACGUGUGUGCGGUGGCUAACGGGGGCUGCCAGCAGCUGUGCCUAUACCGGGGCGGUGGGCAGCGGGCCUGUGCCUGCGCCCACGGGAUGCUGGCGGAAGACGGGGCAGCGUGCCGGGAGUACGCCGGCUACCUGCUUUACUCGGAGCGUACCAUCCUCAAGAGCAUCCACCUGUCUGACGAACGCAACCUCAACGCCCCUGUGCAGCCCUUCGAGGAUCCCGAGCACAUGAAGAAUGUCAUUGCUCUGGCCUUCGACUACCGAGCAGGCACCUCCCCGGGCACCCCCAAUCGCAUCUUCUUCAGCGACAUCCACUUCGGGAACAUCCAGCAGAUCAAUGACGAUGGCUCGGGGAGGACCACCAUUGUGGAGAAUGUGGGCUCCGUGGAAGGCCUGGCCUAUCACCGUGGCUGGGACACCCUCUACUGGACAAGCUACACAACAUCCACCAUCACCCGCCACACAGUCGACCAGACCCGCCCUGGGGCCUUCGAGCGUGAGACGGUCAUUACCAUGUCUGGAGACGACCACCCACGGGCCUUUGUGCUGGAUGAGUGCCAGAACCUGAUGUUCUGGACCAACUGGAAUGAGCAGCACCCCAGCAUCAUGCGGGCAGCCCUGUCGGGAGCCAAUGUCCUCACUCUCAUCGAGAAGGACAUCCGCACCCCCAACGGCCUGGCCAUUGACCACCGCGCCGAGAAGCUCUACUUCUCCGAUGCCACCCUGGACAAGAUCGAGCGGUGCGAGUAUGACGGCUCUCACCGCUAUGUAAUUCUGAAGUCGGAGCCCGUCCACCCCUUCGGGUUGGCUGUGUAUGGGGAGCACAUCUUCUGGACCGACUGGGUGCGGCGAGCCGUGCAGCGGGCCAACAAGUACGUGGGCAGCGACAUGAAGCUGCUACGCGUGGACAUCCCCCAGCAGCCUAUGGGCAUCAUCGCCGUGGCCAAUGACACCAACAGCUGCGAGCUCUCCCCUUGCCGUGUCAACAAUGGCGGCUGCCAGGACCUGUGUCUGCUCACGCACCAAGGCCAUGUCAACUGCUCUUGCCGAGGGGGCCGCAUUCUCCAAGAGGACCUCACCUGCCACGCCAUGAACUCCUCUUGCCGGGCACAAGAUGAGUUCGAGUGCGCCAACGGCGAAUGCAUCAACUUCAGCCUCACUUGCGAUGGCGUCUCCCACUGCAAGGACAAGUCGGACGAGAAACCAUCCUACUGUAACUCACGCCGCUGCAAGAAGACCUUCCGCCAGUGCAGCAAUGGGCGUUGUGUGUCCAACAUGCUUUGGUGCAACGGGGCAGACGACUGCGGGGACGGCUCGGACGAGAUUCCCUGCAACAAGACGGCCUGCGGCGUGGGCGAGUUCCGCUGCCGUGACGGCACCUGCAUUGGGAACUCCAGCCGCUGCAACCAGUUUGUGGACUGUGAGGACGCCUCUGACGAGAUGAACUGCAGUGCCACCGACUGUAGCAGCUACUUCCGCCUUGGGGUGAAAGGUGUGCGUUUCCAGCCCUGUGAGCGGACCUCCCUCUGCUACGCCCCCAGCUGGGUGUGUGACGGUGCCAACGACUGCGGGGACUACAGCGACGAGCGUGACUGCCCAGGAGUGAAGCGCCCCAGGUGCCCCCUGAAUUACUUCGCCUGCCCGAGUGGGCGCUGCAUCCCCAUGAGCUGGACAUGUGACAAGGAGGACGACUGUGAACACGGCGAGGAUGAGACCCACUGCAACAAGUUCUGCUCGGAGGCCCAGUUUGAGUGCCAGAACCAUCGCUGCAUCUCCAAGCAGUGGCUGUGUGACGGCAGUGACGACUGCGGGGACGGUUCAGAUGAGGCGGCUCACUGCGAAGGCAAGACAUGCGGCCCGUCCUCCUUCUCCUGCCCUGGCACCCACGUGUGUGUCCCUGAGCGCUGGCUCUGUGACGGUGACAAGGACUGUGCUGAUGGUGCUGAUGAGAGCAUCACAGCUGGCUGCUUAUACAACAGCACCUGCGACGACCGCGAGUUCAUGUGCCAGAACCGCCAGUGCAUCCCCAAGCACUUCGUGUGUGACCACGACCGGGACUGCACCGACGGCUCCGACGAGUCCACUGAGUGUGAGUACCCGACCUGUGGCCCCAACGAGUUCCGCUGCGCCAACGGGCGCUGCCUGAGCUCCCGCCAGUGGGCGUGCGACGGUGAAAAUGACUGUCAUGACCAGAGCGACGAGGCCCCCAAGAACCCGCACUGCACCAGCUCAGAGCACAAGUGCAACGCCUCCUCGCAGUUCCUGUGCAGCAGCGGGCGCUGCGUGGCCGAGGCGCUGCUCUGUGACGGCCAGGACGACUGCGGCGACGGCUCCGACGAGCGCGGCUGCCAUGUCAAUGAGUGUCUCAGCCGCAAGCUCAGUGGCUGCAGCCAGGACUGCGAGGACCUCAAGAUCGGCUUCAAGUGCCGCUGCCGCCCUGGCUUCCGCCUGAAGGACGAUGGCCGGACGUGCGCCGACGUGGACGAGUGCAGCACCACGUUCCCCUGCAGUCAGCGCUGCGUCAACACACACGGCAGCUACAAGUGUCUGUGUGUGGAGGGCUACGCCCCCCGCGGCGGCGACCCCCACAGCUGCAAAGCCGUGACGGAUGAGGAGCCGUUCCUGAUCUUCGCCAACCGCUACUACCUGCGCAAGCUCAACCUGGACGGCUCCAACUACACGCUGCUCAAACAGGGCCUGAACAACGCCGUCGCCUUGGACUUUGACUACCGAGAGCAGAUGAUUUACUGGACAGACGUGACGACCCAGGGCAGCAUGAUCCGAAGAAUGCACCUAAACGGGAGCAACGUGCAGGUGCUGCAUCGGACAGGCCUCAGCAACCCUGAUGGACUGGCUGUAGACUGGGUGGGCGGCAACCUGUACUGGUGUGACAAAGGCCGGGACACCAUCGAGGUGUCCAAGCUCAACGGGGCCUACCGGACGGUGCUGGUCAGCUCUGGCCUCCGGGAGCCCAGGGCUCUGGUGGUGGAUGUCCAGAACGGGUACCUGUACUGGACAGACUGGGGUGACCACUCACUGAUCGGCCGGAUAGGCAUGGAUGGGUCUGGCCGUAGUGUCAUUGUGGACACCAAGAUCACGUGGCCCAACGGCUUGACGCUGGACUACGUCACCGAGCGCAUCUACUGGGCUGACGCCCGCGAGGACUACAUUGAAUUUGCCAGCCUGGACGGCUCUAAUCGCCAUGUCGUGCUGAGCCAGGACAUCCCGCACAUCUUCGCACUGACGCUGUUUGAGGACUACGUCUACUGGACCGACUGGGAGACCAAGUCCAUCAACCGAGCCCACAAGACCACGGGCACCAACAAGACACUGCUCACCAGCACCCUGCACCGGCCCAUGGACCUGCAUGUCUUCCACGCCUUGCGCCAGCCAGAUGUGCCCAAUCACCCCUGCAAGGUCAACAAUGGUGGCUGCAGCAACCUGUGCCUCCUGUCCCCUGGGGGGGGCCACAAAUGUGCCUGUCCCACCAACUUCUACCUGGGCAGCGAUGGGCGCACCUGUGUGUCCAACUGCACAGCAAGCCAGUUUGUGUGCAAGAACGACAAGUGCAUCCCCUUCUGGUGGAAGUGUGACACGGAGGACGAUUGUGGGGACCACUCAGACGAGCCCCCGGACUGUCCCGAGUUCAAGUGCCGCCCUGGACAGUUCCAGUGCUCAACAGGCAUCUGCACCAACCCUGCCUUCAUCUGUGAUGGGGACAACGACUGCCAGGACAACAGUGACGAGGCCAACUGCGAUAUCCACGUCUGCUUGCCCAGUCAGUUCAAGUGCACCAACACCAACCGUUGUAUCCCCGGCAUCUUCCGCUGCAAUGGGCAAGACAACUGUGGGGACGGAGAGGACGAGAGGGACUGCCCCGAAGUGACCUGUGCCCCCAACCAGUUCCAGUGCUCCAUCACCAAGCGCUGCAUCCCCCGAGUCUGGGUCUGUGACCGGGACAACGACUGUGUGGACGGCAGCGAUGAGCCCGCCAAUUGCACCCAGAUGACCUGCGGAGUGGAUGAGUUCCGCUGCAAGGACUCGGGCCGCUGUAUCCCCGCGCGCUGGAAGUGUGACGGAGAGGACGACUGUGGGGACGGCUCCGACGAGCCCAAGGAAGAGUGUGACGAGCGUACCUGCGAGCCCUACCAGUUCCGCUGCAAGAACAACCGUUGUGUGCCAGGCCGCUGGCAGUGCGAUUAUGACAACGACUGUGGGGACAACUCCGACGAGGAGAGCUGCACCCCUCGGCCCUGCUCUGAGAGUGAGUUCUCCUGCGCCAACGGCCGCUGCAUUGCCGGGCGCUGGAAGUGCGAUGGGGACCAUGACUGUGCAGACGGCUCAGAUGAGAAAGACUGCACUCCCCGUUGUGACAUGGACCAGUUCCAGUGCAAGAGCGGCCACUGCAUCCCCCUGCGCUGGCGCUGUGAUGCAGAUGCCGACUGCAUGGACGGCAGCGACGAGGAAGCCUGUGGCACUGGCGUGCGGACCUGCCCCCUGGACGAGUUCCAGUGCAACAACACGCUGUGCAAGCCGCUGGCCUGGAAGUGCGACGGCGAGGACGACUGUGGCGACAACUCCGACGAAAACCCUGAGGAGUGCGCCCGGUUCGUGUGCCCUCCCAACCGGCCCUUCCGUUGCAAGAACGACCGCGUCUGCCUGUGGAUAGGGCGCCAGUGCGACGGCACCGACAACUGUGGGGAUGGGACUGACGAGGAGGACUGUGAGCCCCCCACGGCCCAGACCCCCCACUGCAAAGACAAGAAGGAGUUUCUGUGCCGGAACCAGCGCUGCCUGUCCUCCUCGCUGCGUUGCAACAUGCUGGAUGACUGCGGGGACGGCUCGGACGAGGAGGAAUGCAGCAUCGACCCCAAGCUGACCAGCUGCGCCACCAACGCCAGCAUCUGCGGGGAUGAGGCCCGCUGCGUGCGCACAGAGAAAGCUGCCUACUGCGCCUGCCGCUCCGGCUUCCACAUUGUGCCGGGCCAGCCCGGAUGCCAGGACAUCAACGAGUGCCUGCGCUUCGGCACCUGCUCGCAGCUCUGCAACAACACCAAGGGUGGCCACCUCUGCAGCUGCGCGCGCAAUUUCAUGAAGACGCACAACACCUGCAAGGCCGAGGGCUCUGAGUAUCAGGUCCUCUACAUCGCCGAUGACAAUGAGAUCCGCAGCCUGUUCCCCAGUCACCCCCAUUCGGCUUACGAGCAGGCCUUCCAGGGUGACGAGAGUGUCCGCAUUGAUGCCAUGGAUGUCCAUGUCAAAGCCGGCCGUGUCUAUUGGACCAACUGGCACACAGGCACCAUCUCCUACCGCAGCCUGCCACCUGCUGCACCUCCCACCACUUCCAACCGCCACCGGCGACAGAUUGACCGGGGUGUCACCCACCUCAAUAUUUCAGGGCUCAAGAUGCCAAGGGGUAUUGCCAUCGACUGGGUGGCUGGGAACGUGUACUGGACGGACUCGGGCCGAGAUGUGAUUGAGGUCGCACAAAUGAAGGGCGAGAACCGCAAGACACUCAUCUCGGGCAUGAUCGACGAGCCCCACGCCAUUGUGGUGGACCCGCUGAGGGGCACCAUGUACUGGUCAGACUGGGGGAAUCACCCCAAAAUUGAAACAGCAGCAAUGGAUGGGACCCUUCGGGAGACACUGGUACAGGACAACAUCCAAUGGCCCACAGGCCUGGCUGUGGAUUAUCACAAUGAACGGCUCUACUGGGCAGAUGCCAAGCUCUCAGUCAUUGGCAGCAUCCGGCUCAAUGGCACAGACCCCAUCGUGGCUGCUGACAGCAAACGAGGCCUAAGUCACCCCUUCAGCAUCGAUGUCUUUGAGGAUUACAUCUAUGGUGUCACCUACAUUAAUAAUCGUGUCUUCAAGAUCCAUAAGUUUGGACACAGCCCCUUGAUCAACCUGACGGGGGGCCUGAGCCACGCCUCUGACGUGGUCCUAUACCAUCAACAUAAGCAGCCCGAAGUGACCAACCCCUGUGACCGCAAGAAGUGUGAGUGGCUCUGCCUGCUGAGCCCCAGUGGGCCAGUCUGCACCUGUCCCAACGGGAAGCGGCUGGACAAUGGCACCUGUGUGGCCGUGCCCUCGCCCACGCCCCCGCCAGAUGCUCCUCGACCCGGAACCUGUAACCUGCAGUGCUUCAAUGGCGGCAGCUGCUUCCUCAACGCGCGGAGGCAGCCCAAGUGCCGCUGCCAGCCCCGGUACACGGGCGACAAGUGCGAGCUGGACCAGUGCUGGGAAUACUGUCGCAACGGAGGCACCUGCGCGGCCUCCCCCUCUGGCAUGCCCACGUGCCGGUGCCCCACGGGCUUCACGGGCCCAAAAUGCACCCAGCAGGUGUGUGCGGGCUACUGUGCCAACAACAGCACCUGCACUGUCAACCAGGGCAACCAGCCCCAGUGCCGAUGUCUACCUGGCUUCCUGGGGGACCGCUGCCAGUACCGGCAGUGCUCGGGCUACUGCGAGAACUUGGGCACGUGCCAGAUGGCCGCGGACGGCUCCCGGCAGUGCCGCUGCACCGCCUACUUCGAGGGACCAAGGUGUGAGGUGGACAAGUGCAGCCGCUGUCUCGACGGAGCUUGCGUGGUCAACAAGCAGAGUGGGGAUGUCACCUGCAACUGCUCGGAUGGCCGGGUGGCCCCCAGCUGUCUGACCUGCGUCGGCCACUGCAGCAACGGUGGUUCCUGCACCAUGAACAGCAAAAUGAUGCCUGAGUGCCAGUGCCCACCCCACAUGGCAGGACCCCGGUGUGAGGAGCAGGUGGUCAGCCAACAGCAGCCUGGACAUAUGGCGUCCAUCCUAAUCCCUCUGCUGUUGCUGCUGCUCAUGCUUCUGGUAGCUGGAGUGGUAUUCUGGUACAAGCGGCGAGUCCGAGGGGCUAAGGGCUUCCAGCACCAGCGGAUGACCAACGGGGCCAUGAAUGUGGAGAUUGGGAACCCCACCUAUAAGAUGUAUGAAGGCGGGGAGCCUGAUGAUGUAGGGGGCCUACUGGAUGCUGACUUUGCACUGGACCCUGACAAGCCCACCAACUUCACCAACCCCGUGUACGCCACACUCUACAUGGGUGGUCACGGCAGCCGCCACUCCCUGGCCAGCACGGACGAGAAGCGAGAACUCCUGGGCCGGGGCCCUGAGGACGAGAUAGGGGACCCCUUGGCAUAGGGUCCCGACCACUGGACUCACCCCAGAGAGCCUCCUGCCCCCUGCCAGAGAAGUCCUUCGAUGAGCCCCCUCCUGCCCAGCCAGCCCUUCCCUGGCCCUGCCGGGGUGUAUAAAUGUAAAAAUGAAGGAAUUACUUUUUAUAUGUGAGUGAGCAAGUGAGCAAGCGAGCACAGUAUUAUCUCUUCCGUUCUCCUCCUUCCUGCCUGCUCCUCAGCACCCCCGUCAUGCUGCCUUCAGGGAGGGGGGCAGGGAGGGCUCUGGGGGCUCCCGCGGCUCACAGGUACCUGCCUCCCACCUUCCACCAAAAUGCACCCCCACUGGGAGAGCUGGUGGUGCUGCCUCCCCCUCCCUGUACGAGACACUUUUUCAAGGCUCUCCCCUCUCCCGCCCCACCCCCACUCUCAUCCCUCCCAGCUCCCUGAGGGCUCAUUCUGGGGAGGGAGAGUCCUUUGCUGCCCCUGUCUGGAAGACUUGGCUCUGGCCUAGGUAGCAAGGAAAGGAUGGAAUUUUUUAGUUCGUCCUGGGGGAGGCCAUUCCAUGC